AUGUCCUUCCAAGACUCGCCCAACCUCGAAGCCCAGCCCACCACAUGGCGCCGCUCCGAUGACCCCGAAUACCAGGAUGAUCCCGAGUUCAACUCCUUCACUACCGACCUUUCCGAUCGCUUGUUCUCCCUCACCGCAAACAUCUCGCGUCUGUCCAGCCAAGUCGCUCUACUCGGUACCAAGCGCGAGACGGAUCGCGUGCGCGAAAGAGUCCAGGACCUCCUCGAAGAGACGUCUGCAAGCUUCAAAGACAUUGGUGAUGGUUUGAAAAAGGUUCAGGCCUGGCACGAUUUGGGUCCUGCCCAAAAGUACACCCAAGGAAAGUUGAACCAGGAGUUCAAGGCUUCCUUGACCGAAUUCCAAAGCCUGCAACGAACUGCCCUCGAAAAGCAACGCGCCUCUGCCACCGCCGCCCGUACAGCUCUCGAAGAGUCUGGUUCCCCAACAGUCGAGCGAUCGCAACAACAACUACAGCAGCAACAGCAACAAGAACAGCUGCGUCUGGCAGAUCAGUCAGAGGUCGACUUCCAGGAGUCUUUGAUCGUCGAGCGUGAGGCCGAGAUUCGUAACAUCGAGCAGUCCGUGGGCGAGCUCAAUGAAUUGUUUAGAGAUGUCGCUCAUAUGGUCCACGACCAAGGCGGUCAACUCGACAUUAUUAGCAAUAAUGUCACGAGUACCAGAGACGACACUCAGGGCGCCGACCGCGAGCUGCGCACCGCCAGCAGACAUCAAAAGAACGCCAGGAACAAGAUGUGUUGUUUAUUGUUGAUCCUCGCCGUCAUCCUGACUGUUGUCAUUGUUGCUGCUGUUGCUGGUUAG